AUGCUCCACAAGUUGAACGUUGUUCAACGAAUAUGUGCGAUGCUGUGCUACUUAUUACUCAAAUUCACUGUUUUACUCACUCUUAAUUAUUCACUACUUCUGCUCACAACAUCGUUCGUUUUCGUUAACUCGCAGCCUUCCUCUCUUCACCCAACAUCUGAUCAUCCAAUAUCACAAGCUGAAUUUUUUUCUAAAAUCCAAGCGCUGUCUCGGUCAAAUGUCAACCGCUUCGAGAAAGCACCCAAACUGCAACCUCCUCUACGAUACGAUGAUUAUCACUCCCAACAGCAAGAACGGCUCUACCAAAACAUUCCAAAUCGGAUUCCAUAUUCGGUUGCUGUUGGUGUGAAUGUUGGUGACAAUGGCGCUGACGCUGAUCGGGAUCUUAGUCCACUAAUCGCUGAUCAAUCGCGUGUCCCCGCUCCGUCAUUGAACCUACCGUCAAAUGUUCGUGAAGCAUGGUUAUCGUCUAGGAUUCAUGAGAUUCGACGACAUCCUCAGAGUGCAUCCUCAUCUGCAUCGAAGCGGACAUUCCGACCGUACCGACAACCCAAUGGUGUACCGUAUAUUCAGAACGCAGGAGCGUUGUUUCGACAAGCUCGUCAUCCUGAUGGCACUCCUCGGCUGCUAGAUGCAUACUCUAAUCCGCAAGCUGAUCCUCCAGGAUAUGAGCCACCGCCCAGUUACGAUCCUACAGCAUCAACAACAGCAUUUUCGGGUUCCUGUAAUCAUAAAGAUUGCAUCAAGAACAAUUCACUGAUCAGUAAGAUGGCUGAAGAAGAAGCUGAAGAAGGAACAGGAUCGCAUGAAAGCUACGGACGGCAGCCACCUAGCCGAACGCAGUCAGAAUCUAUUUCUACUGAUUUGGAAUCAACCGCUGGAAGUUACAAUCCUCAACAACUGUUGUCGUCAAGAACUCAACCCCAAGAACUUGAGCAACCUGAACAGUCGGCAUUCUCUGGCGGUGCUCAGAUCAGUGAUUAUCUCCCAUCGGAUGAGCCAAGCACACAACCGAGUAAUCCAGAUAUUCAGCGUGCCCACGAGGAAGCGUUAUCCUCGUCUGCACCUCCACAUGAUAUCAACAUUCAGCAGCAAUAUCCAGCUCAACGAAUAUCCUAUAGUCAGGGAGACUUUGAUUCCCCGCAGCCAAAGGCAUCCAGUCGUCUUUCCAAUACAAGAACCAGUGGUUCUAUCAAUACCAGGUAUCCUUCAAGACCAACUGGCUCUGGUUAUGGGUAUUCUCAGCAACGAGGAAGCUACGGAAGUUACGGACCAGUACCUCCACCCCGAGGUGGCUAUUCAGGAGCAACGUAUUUCUUUCCAAGGCCCCGUUCACGAAAUGAUGGCAAUCGUCCUUCGCCGAUUCCCCAAUAUACUUAUUACAUGAAUUACGUGCCAACACCGUCACAAUACAGUGGUGGUGCUCAACUGAGUGAUUACACCCAUCCGCCUUCUGAUACUUAUUCUUCUCCACCGACUACUUCUUCGAUCGUGUAUAGCACCACUCCUGUGAAUAUUCCAUCUAGUUCAAUGAAGCCAUCAACGCAGAUUCCCAGAAGUCAAGUGAGUAAAAUUUAG